UGAAGGAAUGGACUGCUGAGUGGAACCUUUCGUCCUAUCGCUUUUUAUAACAGGGGGAUUGAAGCCGAAGACAGCUAAUCAAAAUGCCAGAGGAGAUGGCGGACGGUGGGAGAAAGCUUGUAACGCUCGACGACCUCAUUGAUGCACUGGAUAUGCGCGAGAGAGCGCCGAACAAUGUCCCGAAGGUCGAUACAUUCCACUUCAAGGGAGAACGGGUGUCCGACUGGCUGGACCUGACGGAGCAAGCACUGGUGGGGCUGUCAGACGAGGUCAAGUUCCAGCGAGUCGUAAGAUAUGUCCUUCAUAGCCACCAUCAGGAAGUGGGCAAUGUCGUAGAUGCCGCCAAUGGUAGUUGGGCGAGGUUCAAGGACAUGAUGCAGAGAAAGUACAGGUUGGGGGAUGGCUUGCUAACCAUGGCGAAUUUGGAGGCCAUGAACAAGGAUGACUUCUCCACGAUUGGGGCGUUUGUGCACGAGUUUAAAAGGAAGGUGCGGAAGGUGCACGGGAUCUCCGAAGAAACCCAGUAUGCCAUAUUUUUGGGUCUGCUUACUGGCUCGGAGGCCUCGGAGCUGACGGGUCACCGAGGGGGAAAUAAGAAACUCACCUGGGCCAUUAUCGAUGAAGGGGUGGAAGAGGGGAGCCUGGACCAGGUGGAGCAGCACCAGGUGCGGCUGCAAAGGCGCAAGAGAAAGGAAAGGGACGCCACCGCAUCUGGGACCCCAGGGGCGAAGAGGAUCGUCACGGACGUAUUGGCAGUGCUGGGGUAUGAUAAUGGGGCGGAAGUGAAAAAGAGGGGAGUGAUUGCGCCCAGUAAGGCACCCCCUCGAAAGGAACCGGAGCUUGGACGUAGGAAGGAGGUGGUGGAGGUUCCGGAGGAAGAGGAAGAGGAUGACGAUGAAGAGGAUGAGAGGCCCCGACAAGAGGAGGAUCAGCGGGCGGAGCUGAGAGCCGAAAAGAGGGGGGCCCAGGAGGAGGCUGAGCCAAGCCUGCCCGACAGCGUGCCUAAGAGGAAGAAGUACGUGGUCCGAAUGAAGGAAGACUUUGAUGUGGAGCGGAUGGUGAACAAACUCCUGGAAAGCCAUAAUGACUUGAUGAACCUAAAGGACAUCCUGGCGUCGGCGCCAAGGCUCCGUGGUGAGUUGAAGGGACGACUGUCGCGAAGGCUGGUGCCAAAUGUCCAUCUGAGUACGGUCCUGCCUAGAGAGGUGGAGUGGACUGAGGCAGGGACAAGGAUGGAUUCGAAAUAUGUGGCGUGCAGGCAGGUGGAUUUGGUGAUAAGGAACCAGAAGUGUACUGGGAUGGUGGACACGGGCGCAGAGAUGAACAUCAUCAGGGAGAAGGGCGCGCGAUACCCAAAUCCGGAUGAGGAGAAGAAGGUGGUGGACUACCUGGACGGCAAGAUGUGGAUGCACGUGGCCGAGUAUUCCAAUGGACCGUAUGCGUCACCUUGGUUUUGUUUUAUCAAACAAAAUGGGACGCUAAGGUGGGUGCAGGACUUGCAGCGGUUAAAUGCCGUGACGGUGCGGGAUGCGGGGGGGUUACCAAACGCGGAUGCGCUGUCAGACUCGUGCGCAGGGAGGCCUAUAAUCUCGCUCAUAAACCUCUACUCUGGGUACGACCAAUUGCCUGUAUACCCGCCAGACAGGCCUGUAACGGCAAUGCACACUCCCAGAGGGCUGAUUCAUAUGGACGUGGCGCCUCAAGGUUGGACGAAUGCGGUGGCGAUGGUGCAAAGGCAUAUGAUCAGAGCCAUCCAGACGGUCAGUCCACAUAUCACUCAGCCCUACAUUGAUGACCUGGCGGUUAAAGGUCCGAAGGAGAAGGAGGAAGACGAAGUGAUGCCCGGUGUGCGGCGUUUUGUAUGGAAGCAUGUCCAAGACAUCGAUCAGGUUCUUGGGUUAUUGGAGGAACAUAACCUGACGGCGAUCGGCCCCAAGUCGAAACAUUGUAUGAGGGAGGCCACGAUUCUAGGGUUUGUCUGCAAUGAGAGUGGGCGGAGGCCUAACGUAAAGAAGACAGAUAAGAUUCUUGAGUGUCCAGUGCCCUUCCGCUCGAUAACGGAUAUGAGGAGUUUCCUUGGGACGUGCAAAUUUUGGAGGAGCUUCAUGAAGGACUUUGCCAUGAAGACGGAACAUUUAAGGAAGUUGGUGCGCCAGGAUCAAGAAUGGGUCUGGGGUGAAGACAAGGAAGAGGCGGUCGGUAGGAUGAAGGGAGAGUUUAAGGAAGGGGGCUUGGUAUUGGGAGCACCAAAUUAUGAGGCCACGGAGGAAAGACCAUUCGUCAUUGAGACGGACGCUGUGCCAACUGCCUUGGGAGGAGUCCUAAUUCAGGCAGAUACUAAGGGGAAGGAGAGGCCGCUAAGAUUUGAAAGUCGUACCCUCAAUACAACUCAGAGGAAUUACUUCCAGUUCAAGAAGGAGACGUUGGCGGUACUCCAUUGCCUAAGGACCUCCAGAACUAUGUUUUUGGCAAGAAGCUCAUCUUGAGGGUGGACCCUACUGCACUAGCAUGUUCCCUGAAGAAUUAUACUCCAUAUGUCUGAUAAAAAUUUUUCUACCCU